AUGAGUGCUCAAAAAACCCUAUCAAAUUGGAUGAUAAAACUAUCAGAAAAUAAUCCUUCCCAUGUGUCUGAAUGCCAAAUCCUGAUUAAAGAUACAUGUGAAGUCAUGAUCAAUAACUCAAUUCCAGAAGAAGUCAGAAAUUUUUACAAAACAAUUCUGGUUCUUUCUCAAUUCGAUCUAAACGAAAAUUCAGCAAAAAUAAAGCUUAUUCAAUGCAUCUCUCUCCUACUUGAUUAUUUUUUUUGCAGUUCCUUCGGUGCCAUUGCACCUCAAUUUGAAGACUACUUAAGGCGUAGCAUUACUAAAACCCCAAGCCAUCUCUCAAAUAAUAAGAAUUACUUGCAAGUUCCUGAGCCUGAAUGUGGGUAUGCCUCCAUAAAGGUGGAGAGGUCAUUCCUGGAGAUUGGAGAAACUUAUUCUUUUGGAGACACACGCAUGAAAAUCGUAGAUAUUCGAAAUAAUGAUCUACUUUCCUUACAGUGGAUAACAAAAGAAGGGGUUUCUCCUCAAGAAAUAUAGCUUUUUGCCUUGAGUGGCGCGGUAUGGGCGCCACUUCGGCAAGCUCCUUCUUCCAGUUGGCCGAGCCAACUCAGGUUGGUUCGACCAACUUGAGAAUUGACAAGUGAGGCCUUUUGGGGAGACUUGUCAAUUCUAGUUGGCCGAACCAACCUGAGUUGGCUCGGCCAACUGGAAGAAGGAGCUUGCCGAAGUGGCGCCCGUACCACGCCACUCAAGGCAAAAAAGCAUAGCAGACAAUGGUAUAGAACUGAAAAUUGGGCGAAAUCGAGACGUAAACUUUAGGUUUAAAUAUGACCUAAGGAUGUCCAAAUAUCAUGCUAUGCUUGGAAGAGAAAACGGCAGGUGAUACAUAAGAGACAAUAAUUCAAGAAAUGGAGUUUGAAGGCAUGUAGGUGUACAGAGUAAAGAUAAUUGCUUCACAAAUAAAAACGAAAUUAAAACCACAAAAAUGUACAUUCAUGAUGAAAUUUUGCAAGGAAACCAAAGAAAAUUGAAUUUUUAA